CUGUUUCAGGACGCAUCCACACGAACAUUGGCCGCGUUGAAUCGUAUCCAAGUGAACUUUUCAUUUGUCCUUAAAACCGUAUUGGAUCAACAACCAAUUCUCUUUCUCACGGCCUUCACAAUCGUCUUCUGGAUAGUCACUUCGUGGACAUUUGUGCAGUGUGAACGAUUUGGACAAGCUGAUCAGGAUGUACCAUCGAUCCUCUAUUCCAAUGCUCUAUGGUUCAUAGCUAUUACCUUCAUGCUGAACGGCUAUGGUGACAUUGUGCCGCAGACACACGCUGGAAGAAUUAUCGCGAUUUUUGUUGGCGUAAUUGGUGCUAUUAUAUCGUCGAUUCUUAUCGCUGUUAUUUCACGGAAUAUUCUGCUAUCACAAGGCCAGCGUAAUGUUAACAAUUUCAUGCAUGACAGCAAAUUAACCAGAGAGCACAAGAACGCCGCUGCAAAGGUGUUGCAACAAACAUGGCGCAUUCAUAAAUGUCUCCGAUGUGGACCUGAUAGCCGACUGCGCACGUAUCAACGGAAGUUUCUUCGUGCUAUUCAUGAGUUCCGCGCCAUAAAGAACGAAAUGCGUGUUUUCGCAGAGAACAAUUCAGCUAAUAACCAGCAAGUAACUCGAUUAGUAGCAGAAAUGCAUUUCUCAAUGCAACGUCUAAUAUCGGCCCAGGAAGAGAUGAGGGCUCAAAUUGAAGUGCUGCAACGAGCUGUUCGUAAUCACUACACGAACACUCAGCAACGGUCAGUACCAUGA